UGAAGCUCAGUCACUGCCGCGUUCGUGCAGCUGUCACCUGAGAUCUGUUUUUUCCAUUUACAUUUUGAAGCUGGUCAGCUGUAGCAUCAUGAAUCUGUGGAUCAGCAGUCAUCUCCUGGUGGCAGGGCUGUUGCUGAGCACCUCGGCUCUGACGCCUGAAGAAUGCCAAUCCUUGGUCACACCUCUGUCUCUGGCUGACCGCUCAACAAUGUACGGCCGGUGGAACUUUAUCACGGGUUACACUGAUAAUGAAGUAUAUAACACAAUCGGCAGGCUAACUGAGAGCACCUGGAUGAACAUCACCCCAUCACCAUCCAACCCCAAUGAAGUUGUUGUAUCUCAGGAGGACAAGAUAAAUGGAACCUGCAUAACUUCAGUUGUCAACAUAACCAUUGACGGCAACACUUUGUCAUCAUCAUACUUCAACAUUACCUCUGAGUUUUACCUGCUGCCGAGCUGUGACAGCUGUCUGCUCAUGAGCGUCAACAGCACCGCCAGAAACCUUGACAAGUUACUGCAGAUGAUGAAUUUCAGCAGCAACGUUACAGGGGACAAGAUCAACGCCCGUGCUCUUUACCUAAAUGCCAGAGAGUCGACCCUGCAGGACUCGGACCUGGAGCAUUUCAAACAGCAGGCGAGCUGCCUCGGCUUCUCCAGAGAGCCAGACAUCCUCUAUGACCCCAAGAACGAGUUCUGUGCUGAAGGUGAGGGCAUUAAGAUGUCAAUCACAUGAGGUCAAGGUUAACUUAAUGAAUAUUUCAAACUGUAACUGAGGAAGUAAAGAGAUAAAAAAAAAAAGUGACUCAAACAUCAAA